AUGUCUAUGGUUUUGUCAUGUGGCGGAAAUUUUGUCAAAAACAUUAUUGAAGAUCAUCUAGGUAUCAAAACAUUGUGCAUUGAGUUCCAUUUUUUCGGAGUUUGUAAACAAGCAAGGAGAAUGUCCAAUGUCAAACUUGCGAUACGAGUUAGACCAUUUAGCGAAAGGGAAUUAAAAUCAGAGAAGGAUCGUGUGCCGGUCGUGAACGUGGUUGACAGUAACACUGUUACGAUUACUAAUAUCAAAGUAAGCAUAUCUGGAGCAGGCGACAGUCGUGAGCGCAUCAGGCAGUACUAUGCGGACUACACCUUCGACAGCUUCUGUCCAGUCACACAUCCAUCCUAUGCGUCACAGGAGAAGGUCUUCGAAAGCAUUGGUCAAGAAGUGAUAUCCAGCGUAUCACGAGGCUGUUCAGCAUGUGUACUGGCGUACGGGCAGAGUGCGACGGGCAAGACACAUACUAUGAUGGGUAGUGACGCACAGCCCGGCUUGGUGCCUCGACUCUGCAAGGCUCUGUAUGAAUUGCAACCAUUUGAUUUCACUAUCAGAUUUGAAGUUGGUUUUACACAUACUAUAAAUCUUCGUCGCGUGUCAGUGCAAGACGUGGAAGCUCUCCUGUCGCUGGUAGCAGAAGGUACCCGCCGCCGUCGCACAGCCGCCACUCGCCGUAACUCCACCUCAUCCAGAUCCCAUGCGCUGCUUGAAAUCACCACACCACACGCCACACUGCACCUCGCUGAUUUAGCUGGAAGUGAGAAAGCAAGUUGGGAAGGUUGUGGCGGCGGCCGGCAGAAAGAAGGUGCUAACAUAAACAAGUCUUUGGUUGCUCUUAGUAACGUGAUCUCAGCACUAGUAAACGGCGGUUCGACGCGAGGCAAAUUCGUUCCUUACCGUGAUUCGGCGCUCACGUGGCUAUUGAAGGACUGUUUCACAGGCGGUGCCAGCACAUUUAUCAUAGCUACUGUGUCUCCAAGUGUCGUCUGUUACGGUGAAUCGGCUUCAACACUGCGCUGGGCCGCUCGAGCUCGUCAGCUACCAACACCUCGCCCUGUCAGUUGUGGAUCUCACGUCGCAACCAGAGCUGCGUUACAAGCCCAGCUGAAUCAACUCAUCUCUGAACUCUCAAGGAAUCAUAUUCGAUAUGUACCAGAAACCGGUAAAAUAUUGUUUGAUGAAGAACAUUGGGCACCACGAGUAAAUCAAAAUGAUUCUCAACAUGAAGAUUUAAAUAAAGUAGCAAUCAUAGGCAACAUUAUGAAUAUUGCGCGUCUUAAACCUGACGCGACCAAUUCCGAGUCCACAGCUUCAUCAGUAGCUAGCGGUAGUUCAGAUGUCAUUAACACCGUGGAUAAAAAUUCGACAAUUGCAAGUGAAAUUAAUAAAGAGAUGGAUAAAUUGUUCGGACCUGCACUGGAGAGAGCGAGCAGCGGAGAUGACCUUAAAGUAAUUGCUCCACUAAGGCACAAAAAACGACAAUUUAGAUCUCAAGAAGUUUUAGCAAAUGAAGACAUGUCGACAGUUAGUCAAAGCAGCAAUUUGGUGACUACUCUACCUAGUCAAAGUGAAGCUAGUAUAAACGAAGCACCGAGUUCAGAUAAAACGAAAGUCCCUCAUAUAACUAUCCUGCAUGACAAUCAGAGGGCAGAAAUUGUAGCUUCGGUGACAGAACGACUUUACACAAAACUGAAAAAGAAGGAAGAAGCUGCUGUCUCUAAAGUAGAAUCAAUGGUAGAUAGAAAAAUAAUGGAACCAUUAAGUGAACUAAAGAUCUGCACAAAUGCACGCCAGAGACUUAUGGAGUUAAGUCAGAAAGCUAUUCGAAAUAAAAGAAGGAUAGGAAUACCAGCGCAUACACAGACAAGACUUACAGUGACUCGUGUGAGAGAUCAAGCCGUCGACGUGCAAACAGAUCUAUAUUCAUACAUUUCCAGAAAUGGGCAUCCUUAUGCAUUUUGUCGAGACGUAGCUACUGAGACGGUACCAAUGACACCCCGUUGUAAAGAAAUAGCCGUUGGUCCAACAGGAUCGCUCCACUCUUGUGAUGUGUCUACAGAAACAAAGAGAGUAACUUAUAAAAACUCAAAUGUUAUGACUGAUAUAGUAAAUCAAAACGAACGAUGCACUCAAACAAUAAUUGUACCUCCGCCUAGAAGAAGGAAACGUUCAUCUACAUCAAAACAUGUUUGUUGUAAGGAAAAUCGUAAUUUUUCAGAAGAAUGUAUUUCUGCUCCAGUAAUAAGUAUAAACAUCUCACAAAUGUACCCUGUAGACACUGAAUCUCAAACUUCUGAUGAUAAUUCUGAAAAGUUAAACGUAGCACACAGUAAAUCCAGUGUUGUAACAAGUACUCCAGAUCUUUUAACUAAUCACAGUACAAUUGACCCACAAAACGUAAUUGAUAUAAAAGAAGAUGAAAUCUGUGUUUUGGUUAAUGUGGCAGAAGAAAGAAAAGUUCCUGUAAUUAUCCAAGACGGUGAUGAUGAUGAUAUUAAAUCAAUCGAUCCAGUAAAGCACAAUGAAGAGUUUCCAGAUACAGAAGACUUCGCCUUGCCAAGGGUAAGUCCCAACCCUGCAAGAACAGCUAAUUCUUCAGAGAUUAAAAACAUGAUACUAGGACGAAAUCAAAAUAUUUAUCCUUACAAUAUAAUAUUAUCACCGCCAAAAGAAAGGGAUUCCAAACGCAUAGUUACAUUCAAAGAUAAUCAUGCAGGCAAAAUGAAUGAUACUGCUUCAGAAACUAGAAAUGUGGAUGAAACUAAUAGUAACACAAAUAAAAAUGAAAGUGCUUCUGACAUGACAACAUCUGAUAAAGAAUUCCCGCUGGAAAAGGAUUACGAAAGCCUGUAUUCUGAUUCUACAGAAUCAAGCAAAGUAGAUACUGACUCUUUCAUCUGGAAACAAGGCAGUAGUCGAACAAUGGGAUGCUUAAAGAAAAAUUACGUUCCAGUUUAUAAAAGUUCCAAAUACAAAACAACAAAAGCGCGAGUAUUUAAAGAUUUUUUGGGAUUAGAAUCUGAAGGGCAUCAAUUAGGGCUUAAUAGUUAUGAAACUCGUGAAAACAUAAGAGAUGUUAGCUCUAGUGAUAGUAGAGAUACAGAUAAUGGAUCAGAGUAUAAAAGCAGAAGACGCAAGCCAUAUUCUGAAAACAAAUCUUAUUACAAUCGUGGUAGAGACUAUAAUGAUGACGUGAGCGAAUAUCAGAGUAUAGAAAGAAAAUUAAUUAAUUCUUGUAAUAACUUGGAAGAGUCAGUUAACAGAUAUGAAAAUUAUGUCUCUAAUUAUAAGGAAGGUAUGAAAAUAGACGGCGUUGAGAGCACUACACGUAGGCCCAAGGAGUACUUACAGCAUUUGGUACAAUUAAGGCGAGAGGUAGUUAAGGCAGAAAGCGACAACACUGAUAGUUCAUCCAUGGAUGUAUCGAACAAAUAA